UGUUGAAAAGAAACGGAGACAAAAGAAGCUUGAGAAAGGAAAGUCGUUUCAGAAAAGGACAGUGAGUGACUCAAAUUCAGGAUUGUGAAAGCCCCAGACAGAGCGGGCAGGUAUAGCAAAGAAGUGGGCCUUGAAGUGAGAAAGAAGACAUCGACAAGGGUAAAGGUCAGUUUCGGGUGGUCAGAAGACAUCGAGAGCAGCCGCCAUGGUCAACACAGGCAUGCAGCUGAUCAGCUUCACCUGCGCGGUGACAGGUUGGGUCAUGGCCAUCGCCGUGACGGCCUUGCCUCAGUGGAAGGUGUCCGCCUUUAUCGGCAGCAACAUCCUCACCUCCGAGAUCAAGUGGGAGGGCAUCUGGAUGAACUGCAUCUACCAGACCACGGGCCACAUGCAGUGCAAGACCUACGACUCCAUUCUGGCUCUGCCCCCGGACCUCCAGGCAGCUCGUGCCCUCAUGUGUGUGGCAAUUUUUCUGGGCUGGCUGUCCUGCACAGUGUCCUGCUGUGGAAUGAAAUGCACCACGUGCGCUGGCGACGACCGCCGCGCCAAGGCAGGCAUCGCCCUCUCCGGCGGCGUGCUAUUCAUCCUGACGGGCCUGUGCGUGCUGGUGCCCGUCUCCUGGACCGCCAACACGGUGGUCCAGGACUUCUACAACCCCAAAGUGCCUGUCAUGUACAAGCGAGAGCUGGGCCAGGCGAUCUACCUGGGCUGGGCAUCUGCGGUUAUUCUGAUGAUCAGCGGGGCCGUGCUGAGCAGCACCUGCCCCCAUAUCGAGAGUGGAGGACGGGAGUACCGCCGGGGAUACAUGGGCCGGAGCUUUCCUAACACGCGCCCCUCCCCCCUCGCACCUGAUCCUCCGAAACCUAUCACCUCKAACAGCGUGCCCCUAAAGGAAUAUGUGUAGUCCAGAGAAAAGAUGUGAAGAAGAAUGUCAACGGGUUGGAGUAUGGGAAGAAGCAAGGUUGAGAACGAGAAGAGGAAGUAGAAGGCUGGAGAAGGAAAAACUGUGACUGUGGUGGAGGUGUUGUGACUUGGAAGGUUUUGAAGAUGUGAAGCAUUAGAUUUGAAACUCUACUCUGCAGCUCUCUCACGUUCUUCUACCGUGAUGCAUUUUGAUGUAGUGUAAAUAUUUAUUUCAAAUGUAUUUUUUCAACUAAAUGUAUUUUGUGUGUGUGUAUAUAUAUAUUUGAGACUUUCCAUCAUGCCUAUCAUUGUCCGCCUCAUGUAUUGGCUUAUUGACUUCAUUACACAUUUAUUACACUGUGAUAUUUGGUAUUAGUGCAUGGACAGAUCACAAUACUCUGCCUGGAAGACACUUCAUCAAUCCCCACAAACAUCUUUAAGAUAUUAUGGUUUUGUGACUUGUGGCGUGAAGAUUGGAGUGAUAUCUUUCUUUCACAAUUCUUCUCAGAUGACUAUUAAAUCUGUGAAAUAAUUCAGUCUCGGCACUACGUCAUUGAGUUUGAGUAAGUCCAAAUUGUAAAAGAAUAAACUGCUUAUUCCAAGGGUAUUUUAAUACGUUUGAACUUUUUCCUUCCAUAUGUUUUAGUUCAUGACAAACUGAUGAUGUUUUGUAGUUUGGCCAGAAUAUUGAAGGUGUCGUGCUCAAUGUUCAGCUGUGCACAACUCCAAACAGAAAGGGUUCCCUUUGCACUUAGUGAUGGAUCAAUCUAGCCCUCCUAUAGGCUGUUUAGAAUUCCUGUCAAAUGAAUUGUAUCUUUCAGGGCAGCAAGGGCAAACCGUGAGGAACGGGGAG